AACAAGUGGGUGCUGCAAACCUAUCACCCCGAGUAUAUGAAGAGCCCCCUGGUCUACCACCCUGGGCACCGCGCCCGCGCCUGGCGCUUCCUCACCUACAUGUUCAUGCACGUGGGGCUGGAGCAGCUAGGGUUCAAUGCCCUCCUGCAGCUGAUGAUCGGGGUGCCCCUGGAGAUGGUGCACGGCAUCCUGCGCAUCAGCUUCCUCUACCUGGCCGGUGUCCUUGCAGGGUCCCUCACUGUCUCCAUCACGGACAUGCGGGCACCUCUGGUCGGAGGCUCAGGUGGGGUGUAUGCACUCUGCUCGGCGCAUCUCGCCAACGUCGUCAUGAACUGGGCCGGGAUGCGUUGCCCCUACAAACUGCUGCGCAUGGUGCUGGCGCUGGUGUGCAUGAGCUCGGAGGUGGGACGCGCCGUGUGGCUCCGCUUCUCGCCUCCGCUGCCAGCCUCGGGUCCGCAGCCCAGCUUCAUGGCACACCUGGCGGGGGCUAUCGUGGGCAUCAGCAUGGGGCUGACCAUCCUGCGCAGCUACGAGGAGAGCCUGCGGGACCAGUGCGGCUGGUGGGUGGUGCUGCUCUCUUACGGCACCUUCCUGCUUUUCGCCGUCUUCUGGAACAUCUUCGCCUACGACCUCCUGGGGGCACAAAUCCCCCCCCCGCCCUAA